AAUGGCCCGCUUCGGAGACGACGUUCCGGUCUUGCUGAGCACCGGCGACGGCGGCUCGGAGCGCAACAGGAGCCGCGAUGGAGCGGCCGCGUCCACGGGCGGCGUGUCCCCCGCAGCAUUCAAGCAGACCAAAGCGCAGCGUGCCCGCACCAUGGCCUUGUACAACCCCAUCCCCGUCCGGGAGAACUGCUUCACCGUCAACAGGUCUCUGUUCAUUCUUGGGGAGGACAACGUGGUCCGCAAGUACGCCAAGAAAAUCAUUGAGUGGCCUCCGUUUGAGUACAUGAUCCUCACCACCAUCAUCGCCAACUGUAUCGUUCUGGCUCUGGAGCAGCACCUGCCCGGAGAGGACAAGACGCCGAUGUCAAAGAGACUGGAGAAGACCGAGCCCUACUUCAUCGGGAUGUUCUGUUUGGAGGCGGGGAUAAAGAUCAUUGCCCUUGGCUUCGUAUUUCAUAAAGGCUCCUACCUCAGGAAUGGGUGGAACGUCAUGGAUUUCAUUGUGGUGCUCAGUGGGAUUCUGGCUGCAGCGGGCGCUCAUUUGAACAUCUCGGUGGACCUGAGAACUCUGAGGGCAGUACGAGUGCUGCGACCACUAAAACUGGUUUCGGGCAUCCCGAGUCUGCAGAUAGUUCUGAAGUCUAUCAUGAAGGCCAUGGUUCCACUGCUCCAAAUUGGCCUGCUGCUCUUUUUUGCGAUCCUCAUGUUCGCCAUCAUCGGCUUGGAGUUUUACAGCGGCAAACUGCACCACAACUGCACGCCACAGGCAGGAAUACUCGAAAACGAGACGGUGGACUCCUCUGAGUUUGAGUUCCCGUGUGGCGUGCGUCAGUGUCCAGCCAAGCACACCUGCAGCGCCACGUGGAUCGGCCCCAAUGAUGGCAUCACGCAGUUUGACAACAUCCUGUUUGCUGUUCUCACCGUCUUCCAGUGCAUCACCCUGGAGGGAUGGACCACUGUGCUCUACAAUGUUGACGAUGCCUUGGGUCCCAGUUGGAACUGGCUCUACUUCGUCCCGCUCAUCAUCAUCGGCUCCUUCUUUGUCCUGAACCUGGUGCUUGGAGUCCUCUCUGGCGAGUUUGCCAAAGAAAGGGAGAGGGUGGAGAACCGCAGGGCCUUCAUGAAAUUGAGACGCCAGCAGCAGAUCGAGCGAGAGCUCAACGGUUACCGGGCCUGGAUCGACAGAGCAGAGGAGGUAAUACUUGCUGAGGAAAAUAAGAAUCCCGGACCCUCUGCCCUUGAUGCUCUCAGGAGGCUCCCUGAGUGGAGCACAGGCGGCGCCUAUGUGCUGAAGAGAGCUACCACAAUAAAAAAGAGAGGUAUGGACUCGCCGCAUCGGAGUCCAGGGGAGGAACAAUAUGGCGACAUUUCCUCUGUUGGCAUCCCCAUGGCCAAAGAGAGAUUACGGAGCCGUAGGCGAGGUCCGGCCGCGUAUUUUCGGCGCAAGGAACGCCUUUUGCGAAUCUAUAUUCGACGUGUGGUGAAGACGCACACCUUCUACUGGACGGUGCUGGGCCUGGUCGCUCUCAACACGUUGUGUGUGGCCAUUGUUCACCACAAUCAGCCCCUCUGGCUGUCCAACUUCCUGUACUAUGCAGAGUUCUUGUUCCUCGCUCUGUUCCUGACUGAGAUGUUCCUGAAGAUGUACAGCUUGGGCCCCCGCCUCUACUUCCACUCCUCUUUCAACUGCUUUGACUGCAGCGUGAUUGUUGGCAGCAUCUUUGAGGUGCUUUGGGGUGUUUUCAGGCCGGGCACUUCCUUUGGCAUCAGCGUCCUGCGGGCUCUUCGUCUGCUAAGGAUCUUCAAAAUCACGAAGUACUGGGCGUCUCUGAGGAACCUGGUCGUGUCACUGAUGAAUUCCAUGAAGUCUAUAAUCUCCCUCAUCUUCCUCCUCUUCCUCUUCAUUGUUGUCUUUGCUCUUCUGGGCAUGCAACUCUUCGGUGGCUGGUUCAUCUUUGAGGACUACACCCCCGCAAACUUUGAUACCUUUCCUGCAGCCAUCAUGACUGUCUUUCAGAUCCUGACUGGCGAGGACUGGAAUGAGGUGAUGUACAAUGGUAUUCGCUCUCAGGGGAGAGUCAAGUCUGGCAUGUGGUCUUCAAUAUAUUUCAUUGUCCUCACCUUGUUUGGGAACUACACUCUGCUGAAUGUCUUCUUGGCCAUUGCUGUUGAUAACCUUGCUAAUGCACAGGAGCUCACUAAGGACGAGGAGGAAGCCGAGGCUGCUUUCAACCAAAAGCAUGCUCUCCAGAAGGCGAAGGAGGUCGGCCCACUCUCCUCCUUCAUGUCUUCAGAGGGAAGUCGUAGGAGGUGGCCCUACCUAUACAGAAAAAGGGCCAUCCACCGCAGCCGACCCACCUAUUCCUGCUCCCUGGAGGAGGCGCAGGGCAGCAUCAGGAAGGGCCGCCCUCUCCCGCCUCUCAACCCGUCUAAUUCUUUCAUGUCCAGGCGAGAGAGGAGAAAGAGGAUGACCAUGUCCGUGUGGGAGCAGAGGACCAGCCAGCUGCGGAGACACCGCCAGAUGUCCAGCCGGGAGAUUUUGUUCAGCGGCCCCAGCCAGGAGAAGGACGGACCGGCCGCCUCGGCCCAGUCCCAGCAUGGGCGCCCUCAGUCUCUGCACCGUAGGGUUAUGCAGAGCACUCCACCUGGGGAUUUGAGGUGCAUGGCGGACCCCCUCGUAGAUCCCCUGGCACCACCAACCAAUAAUCAGACCUCCACUGAGAUGUCUUUUGAAGCCGUUCUCUCCGGUGUUAUUCCCGAACCCCCCAUGUCAGCGCUGCCUUCAGAGAUAUCGGACCCCUUGAGUAUUACCCCUGAGGAACCCCAUGAAUUCAUACCAGACCCCAGCCUGGCCAUUGACGCGAGCCACAACAAGCUCAGCGAGCGGAGGAGCCCCAGGUUGAACGGCGAUCGUCAGCACAGAGCCGUAAAGACGUUCAGACCGCCGGACAACGGUGACGCCAGAGUGAUCAGGGGCAGGAAGGCGCUGCGUUGUCAUCAGAACGGGGCCAGGAGUCAGGGAUCGUCUCCUCGGAAAGGAAGCCACUCGGCGAGUCGCUCGGUCAGCAGGGAGAGGAGCAAGAUUCCAGCGAAAGUAGAGGAGAGGGAGCUGGAGAGUGACAAGAGAGAGGAGUUUGAUCAUGAGGAGAAGGGGCAGGGUGACCAAAGUGAGUUAGAGGACACUAAGCAACCAGACAACCAUGCCAGUGUCCAAAAGCAGGCAGAGCUCCCUCAGGAAGAAGAAACAUGUCCACUUGCUGUAGCAGAGAGCAACCAAGACUUGGAUAAAUCUCAACUCAGCUCCAGCGUGAUCGUCCAAAUGCCAAACAUGGAGGCAUCAAUGGAGCUGUCUACCAUCACUGUUAACAGCAAGGACCCUGAAGCCUCCAAGUCUGAGAAGGAGGAGGCUGAAGACAUUAAACCAGUCAACACUGUGCGGCCUGACAGCAUGUUCAUCUUCAAACCAGACAACCUGGUGCGUCGAGCGUGUCACUACGUGGUGAACCUCAGGUACUUUGAAAUGUCCAUCCUGCUGGUCAUUGUCGCUAGUAGCAUCGCACUCGCCGCAGAGGACCCGGUAGCCACCACCUCGGACAGGAACAAGGUUCUGCGCUAUUUUGACUAUGUCUUCACUGGCGUCUUCACCUUUGAAAUGAUUAUUAAGAUGAUCGACCAGGGUCUGAUCCUUCACGACGGCUCGUACUUCCGAGACCUGUGGAACAUCCUGGACUUCAUAGUGGUGGUGGGAGCUCUGGUGGCCUUCGCUCUCACCAAUGUGAUGGGAAAUAACAAAGGAAGAGACAUUAAAACCAUCAAAUCACUGAGAGUGUUACGAGUGCUCAGACCCUUGAAGACCAUCAAGAGACUUCCCAAACUCAAGGCCGUGUUUGACUGCGUGGUGACGUCCCUGAAAAAUGUCUUCAACAUCCUGAUUGUGUACAAGCUGUUCAUGUUCAUCUUUGCCGUCAUUGCCGUGCAGCUCUUCAAGGGGAAGUUCUUCUACUGCAAUGACAUCUCCAAGGACACAGAGAAGGACUGCCAAGGUUACUAUAUAGACUACAGGAAGGACAAGAAAGAGGUGAAGAAACGAGACUGGAAGAGACACGAGUUCCACUACGACAACAUCAUCUGGGCUCUGCUGACUCUCUUCACCGUGUCCACCGGGGAGGGCUGGCCUCAGGUCCUGCAGCACUCUGUGGACGUGACAGAGGAGGACAGGGGGCCUAGCCAUGGCAACAGGAUGGAGAUGUCCAUCUUCUAUGUCAUCUACUUUGUGGUCUUUCCUUUCUUCUUUGUCAACAUCUUCGUGGCCCUCAUCAUCAUCACAUUUCAGGAGCAGGGAGAUAAGAUGAUGGAGGAGUGCAGCCUGGAGAAGAAUGAGAGGGCAUGCAUCGACUUUGCCAUCAGUGCCAAGCCGCUGACCCGUUACAUGCCCCAGAACCGGCACACGUUCCAGUAUCGUCUGUGGCAUUUUGUGGUAUCGCCCUCUUUCGAGUACACCGUCCUGGCCAUGAUUGCGCUCAACACCAUCGUACUGAUGAUGAAGUAUUAUUCAGCCCCGCCCGCCUAUGAAGCUGUCCUCAAGCAUCUGAACACAGCCUUCACCGUUCUCUUUUCCAUUGAGUGUGUCCUCAAGAUACUGGCGUUUGGCUUGCUGAAUUACUUUCGAGACACUUGGAAUAUUUUUGACUUCAUCACCGUACUUGGCAGCAUCACCGAGAUAGUGGUGGACUUGCAGUUCGUGGAUACGUUCAACAUGAGUUUCUUGAAGCUGUUCAGAGCAGCGCGUCUGAUCAAGCUGUUGAGACAAGGCUACACCAUCCGGAUCCUUUUGUGGACAUUUGUUCAGUCCUUCAAAGCUUUGCCUUACGUCUGCCUGCUCAUCGCCAUGCUCUUCUUCAUCUACGCCAUCAUUGGCAUGCAGGUGUUUGGCAACAUUAAGCUGAACGAGGAGACGCACAUUAACCAGCACAACAACUUCAAGACCUUCUCUGGCGCUCUGAUGCUGCUCUUCAGGAGUGCCACAGGAGAGUCGUGGCAGGAAAUCAUGUUGUCCUGUCUGGGGGGGCAGCAGUGUGAGGCGGACCCCUCCAAUUCCUCACCCGUGCUAAACACUGAGCAGGAGGCAAUCUGCGGCUCGGACUUUGCUUACUUCUACUUUGUGUCCUUUAUCUUCUUUAGUUCCUUCCUGAUGCUAAACCUGUUUGUGGCUGUCAUCAUGGAUAACUUUGAGUAUCUGACUCGAGACUCGUCCAUCCUGGGCCCCCACCACUUGGACGAGUUUGUUCGAAUCUGGGGGGAGUAUGAUCGGGCGGCCUGUGGUCGCAUCCAUUACACUGACAUGUAUGAGAUGUUGACCAACAUGUCGCCACCCCUUGGCCUUGGCAAGAAAUGCCCCUCCAAGGUGGCUUAUAAGAGACUCGUCCUGAUGAACAUGCCCGUGGACGAGGACAUGUCCGUCCACUUCACCUCCACCCUCAUGGCCCUCAUCCGCACUGCCCUGGAAGUCAAGAUAGCUGGAGGAGGAGAGGAUCGAAAUCAGAUGGAUUUGGACCUUCAGAAGGAAAUCAGUGUCAUCUGGCCUCACCUCUCUCAGAAGAUGUUGGACCUUCUGGUUCCUAUUAACAAAGCUAGUGACAUGACCAUCGGAAAGAUCUAUGCCGCCAUGAUGAUCAUGGACUACUACAAGCAGAGCAAAGCCAAGAAGCUCCGACAGCAACUGGAGGAACAAAAACACGCGCCCAUGUUCCAGCGUAUGGAUGCUUCCUCCUUGCCUCAGGAAAUCCUAUGCAAUGCCAAAUCGCUGGCCUUCCUCAGGCACAGUGCAGGAUCAGCUCUCACCAAAGGGGGCUUUGUGGCCCUCAGCCCCAUCUCCCCCCAAGAUAUGUUCCUGCAGCCGCGGCCUCACUCCGGGGAGGAAGAGGAGAACGAUGAUUACUACCCACCCUACCACCCUUAUCACUUCCCUCACCACCACCACUACCAUUUAGACACACUGGUGCCCGAAGUCGUAGAGUAUAACCAAGUGACACAACAGUCAAGGCCAGAGCCAGCAGUUCUCAAGUCACCUCAGCGCACAUUAUCCAUCAGAGCGUCCUCGAUGCCCAGACUGGCUGUGGAGCCGCAGCCUGGAAUGUCAGCGGACAGAAAGCCGAUGAAGCGCUCCUUUUCCACCAUCGGCGACCAGUGUGUGAAUCGCCUGUGGCAAGAACAACAUUCUCUGGAGAGAAUCAGCCCCGACAGCGCCUACAGACUUCGACAGCAGAACUAUAGAGGCCCUCGAAUCAAUCAAAGUAGUCAUGAAAGGGGGCGGUCUAAAGAACGACGCCACCUGCUGUCUCCAGACAUGUCCCGCUGUAAUUCUGAAGAGCGUAGCCGAGAGCCGUCAUGCGAGACGAGACGCUCCCUCUCGCCUAAGGAAGGACGUCCUCACUCCUUACAGAGACAGGUCAACACAUCAGGCAGUCCUACCCAUUCGGCCUCAGAGUCCAGCAUCCCUCGUAAUCGGCGCCAGCUCCCACAGACACCAUCUCGCCCUCGUCCUCACAUAUCGUACUCCCCCCUGGUGUGUCGAGACCACGCCCCCACCGCAGGAGCGACGGCCUCUUCGCCGGGACACCCCCUGCAUUCAGACAGCCCGGCGCCCUCCGAGCAGGCCCAGUCCUCCUCGUGUCAGGCGUCCGGCCCGAGCCAUCCGUCUCCCCACCGUUACAUCUCAGAGCCCUACCUUCCGUUUCACGAGGACCUCAGGGGAGGCCAAACGGGCGAGAGGCAAGAACAUCUCACUUUUGAGACCGCCGUGGCGACCAGUUUGGGACACGCCAACGCCAUUAGCUCGGCCCCUCAGCUCAGACACUCCUGGCAAGUCCCGAAAGGACAUUUCCGAAAGAACUUGGCGCAGGCUAGCCCAGCCGGCACCAUCGAGCCGCUGAGCGACGAAGACGACCGCUGCUAAAAGAAAACAGGAAGUCCACGUAAAGGAUGAGCGGACCUCGUAGUGGCGCCACGACUCGCUUUUAUCUGCUUUAUGACAACUUCUCUUGUCACUGCAAGUAGCAAUACAGGCGGAACUAAAUACCACUGCCAAUUAUCAGCACUGUUUGCUGUCCGUCUCUACUUGCUGUGUAUUCUUACUGUGCGUAGAGCAGGGGUGUCAAACUUGUUUGCUUCACGGGCAACUUCUUAGUUAUGGUUGCCCUCAG